AUGGUCAAAGAACUGCCUAGAAUCAUUAACACAUCCGAAUAUCUGCUGCAGGGCAGCGUACUGGAUUCGGCGUAUCCCUUACUGAUCGAGCGUCUGAAGGGUCUGGCAGAUGCGGAAUACAAAAACUUUAGCGAACACGAACUCGUCUUUGCUAACAAGCGAACCACCAGUUUGGUUUAUUGGCACGUGCGCCGUUCUUUAGACGUCGGCAAUUCAUUGUACCAUUUGCGUUACCUGAGCGACCCGAAUAAAGAUGACAAUCGCAACUGUCCGACGCUUGUGCGAAAGACGAUUGACUGUCUGGCCACUUCAAAUGACAUGAUGGGCUUUCUUGGUGAAAUCGGCUUUAGGAUGCAGUAUGAAUUCGUCUCGAAAGGUGUAGUCUUCAAGAAAGGACCUAUGAAAAUCACCGUGGCGAAAAUUCACCGAGUUACUGAACCCGGAAAUCCGGUCAAGUUGGAGAAAGUAACCGAAUCUCAUUUGGUAGAAAUAAGCGUUUUGAUUCCUUCCGGUCAAGACCUGAUUUCAUCAAGUGUCAAAGAAUUUGCAGAUCAACUCAAGCCGUAA